AUGACAUUGUACUGGCUCUGUUUGUUACUUCUCUGCAAAGGGGCGACCGGGCUGACUGUGCCCAGGGAUGAGGUGCUGUCUUGGGUCAGGCUGAGAGUGCUUGAGGCCCUGGGACUGGAGGAGCCUCCGAUGGUCCCGGUGCCUAAUGGCGAGAGGGGCGAGCUGGGAAGACGUGUCCUGAGGAAGAGGGCAGAGCGUGGGAGUGCGGAGCGGCCAGAGGAAAUGCAGGUUAUACUGUUCCCCAGCUCUGAAGCCUAUUGCACCACGUCUGGCCCAGGAGGAACCCCUUUCACUCUGUCCUUCCACCCGUCCAUUGACUCUGGCAUCUCCUCGGUCUCCUCGGCCCAGCUCUGGUUCUUCUCUGGACUGGGCCGGUCUCCGAACACUUCUGCCCCGUUGUACGUGCUCACGCCCGGGCAUGAGCUCUUCCUGGCCUCCCCUUCCCCUGGACAUCACACUGCGGACGGUUGGAGCAUCUAUGAACUUAACCAAAACGGGCUACAAUCCAUCACAAAGGCCACAAUUUCGCUUCAAAUCUACUGCAUUGAUUACGCCAAAGCAGAAGCGUGCGCAUGCCGUGGUCGCCAUCUACGUUGGAUUUGCUACAGCGCCCCCCUCAGGAUGUGCAAGGGGACUGCAGCAGAGCGCAUGUGCAGCCUGAACUUCUACUACUGCCAUGGGAACUGCUCGUCCGGGGAGAGGGCCGCGGCGCGUCUAGGGAUAGUACAGUGCUGCGCCCCUGUGCCCGAGAGCAUGCAGUCAGUGCGCGUCACCACCACGUCUGACGGAGGCUACAGCUUUAAGUAUGAGACGCUCCCCAACCUCAUGCCAGAGGAGUGUGCCUGCAUCUAA